CAGCACCAUGGACAGCGGCGUAGUACACAUAUUCAAGGAGGACAAGUGUCCCUCUGGUCACCCGGAGGAGUGCCUACCGAACUUCCCCUGGCAGCCUGGCUUCCCGGACAUGUUUAACUUCACAGCCAACGACACCUGGGUGACAGAGGACUCCGAACCCAUGUCGCCCAUCAUACCCAUUAUUGCAGCGGUGUAUUCUGUGGUGUUCGUUGUGGGAUUGGUGGGCAACUGCUUCGUCAUGUAUGUCAUAAUAAGAUACACUAAAAUGAAAACCGCCACUAACAUCUACAUCUUCAACUUAGCCGUAGCCGACGCUCUGGUCACCACCACCAUGCCCUUCCAGAGUACAGACUACCUUCUGAACUCGUGGCCGUUUGGUAAGGUGGUGUGUAAGGUCUUCAUCUCCAUAGACUACUACAACAUGUUCACCAGCAUCCUCACUCUCACCAUGAUGAGUGUGGACCGCUACGUGGCAGUGUGCCACCCAGUCAAGGCUCUGGACUUCCGCACCCCAUUCAAGGCCAAGGUCAUCAACGUGUUCAUCUGGGUCCUUUCCUCUGCUGCGGGCAUCCCUGCUAUGGUCCUUGGCAGCACUCAUACCAACAAUGGUACUACAGAGUGUGCCUUGCAAUUCCCAGACCCUUACAUGUACUGGGACACCCUCAUGAAGAUCUGUGUCUUCAUCUUUGCUUUCGUGGCCCCCCUCAUCAUCAUCAUUGUCUGCUACACGCUUAUGGUCCUGAGAUUGAAAAGCGUGAGGCUGUUCUCCGGAUCCCGGGAGAAGGACCGCAACCUGCGUCGGAUCACACGCCUGGUGCUGGUGGUGGUGGCAGUGUUCGUGGUGUGCUGGACGCCAAUCCACAUCUUCAUCCUGGUCAAGGCGCUGUCGCCCGGCGUUCCUGAGACCACCGCGGUCAUGGCGGCUUACUUCUUCUGCGUGGCGCUGGGUUACACCAACAGCAGCCUCAAUCCCAUCCUGUACGCUUUCCUCGAUGAAAACUUUAAGAGGUGCUUCAGGGACUUCUGCUGCCGGGGACAUGGGGGGAGGCAGGGGGUGAGCAGGGUGAGGAGUACCCUGCGGGAUCACUCCUGCCCUGUAGAGGGUACCGGGGGGGAGGGAGAGCGGGGCAGACCGGUAUGA